AACGCUAUUAGUGCUAAAAGCACCAGUGUAUCUUGGUCACUCACUUAUAUGUCGAAUAAAGACAGAAGAAAGCGCUGAAAGCGCGCUCCCUGAGUGCACGUUUAAAUAAUUAUUUGUGUUUGAGUAUAGUAAUUCUUUGUAUUAAUUACUUUAUUAGUAUUAACCCUUAAACUACACCGGGAUCCAGGAGACCCCAACAAAAGUUUGCGUUUAAAUAUCUCCUAUGUAAAAUGUGAAGAAAAACUAACUAUCGUUAGUUGAAGUCUUCCUUUUUAAGACUACACAUUAGUUGUGGGUCCCAAGGUGCUAGUUGACUAUACAGUGACAGCCGUUCGAGUAUAUUAAUAAAAAAACUUGUACAUUGUGAUAACGGCCUUGAGGACGAACAAAAUUGCAUAUUAUAAUAAUUCUAACGAGAAGAAGGCUAUGUCUUUCAAGGAUCUGAAGGUAGAAUACAUCAAGGAUGAACUUGCGGCUGAAUUAUUAAAAUGGUAUCCGUCCUAUAAACGAGGUUUCAUUAAAAUCGGUCAGAAACAGUGGUUCUUGCCGUAUAAAUAUGUUGAGAAGGGUGGCAAUAUAUAUAAUUUCAAAAUUCGUCCAGAUGAUACAUGGCUUAUUUCUCAUCCUAGAUCAGGUACAACAAUGACGCAGGAACUUGUAUGGUUGAUCGCCAAUGACAUGAAUUUCGAAGAAGCACGUCGAAGAUAUUUAAGAGACAGAUUUCCCUUUAUAGAAUUGGCGACAGUAUUACAUGACCAUGCGAACAGAGACUUACCUGAUAAAGUUCAUACUGAGCAAUAUAAUCAGAACUAUAGUGUCGAAUUUGUGCAAAGUCAGUCUUCGCCGCGUUUCAUUAAGAGUCACUUGCCUCUUGAACUGUUGCCGAAUGUGGUAAACAGUACCUGCAAAAUUAUUUAUAUCGCAAGAAAUCCAAGAGACGUAGUAAACUCGUGGUAUACAUUUCAGAAAUCAAUUUGCUAUCAAGGAUCUCUCGCACAGUUCUGUGGUGAUUUCAUUAAUAAUCAGACAAUAUCUAGUCCCUAUUGGGAACAUGUAAAGGAAGCUUGGGCGAUGAGACACAGAGCAAAUAUGAUGUUUCUCUUCUAUGAAGAUCUGAUAAAGGACUUACCUAAAAACAUAAGAAAAAUUGCUGCAUUCUUCGGUAAAAAUUACAGCGAUCAGCAGAUGGCCAAGUUAGCGGAGCAUUUGAAAAUAGAGAAUUUCCGAAAAAAUCCAAUGGUGAAUCAGCCAUCUCCUAACGGUACCAUAAAAUCUGAGUUGUUCAUCCGUCAAGGAAAGAUCGGUGGUUGGAAAGAUAUGUUUACACCGGAGAUCGAAGAAAAAUUUAGCAAAUGGAUUGCUGACAAUUUAAAAGAUACGGACUUGACUUUUCCAAGUUUGUUACAAUGAAAGCAAUUGUAGCUGCAAUUUAUGAAUACUGUCUCCAAACAAUUAUAAAGCCCAUUUUUGUCUUUGCAGUUCGAAACACGUCCGCAUACAAAAUUCAUGUAAUUUACAUUAUGUUUUUUUUAUUAUGAAUUAAUUUUUGUAUUAUUCUAAGUAUGUCGACAUACAUGUAUUUGUGCGUCCUCUUAUAAUUUAAGUAUGGCACUUAUGUCACUGGUGUAGGUACUUAUGGCUAGGUAAGGUACUUAUGGCACUGGUUUCAUAUAUAUGUAAAUUAAGUAAUAUUAUGAACUUACGACAUACCGGAAUUAUAUCCUUAUACAUUUGGCCUUUAACGUUGUCAUAUAUCACGAUCCACAUAACGAAAAAGAAAUAUCUAUUGUUUCGUUAAAAUAAUAAAAAUAAAAAAGGUGCAAAUUAUUUGUCUUCUUCUAAGUAUAUUAUGACAUUUGUUUUACAUAUCUAAGUUAAGAAACAUAAUGAACUUACUUCCCACAGAAAUUAUAGCUUUAUUUGCGGAUCUAUUUGAUUAUUUAAACAAAUGAUGACUUAAUGAUUAUAAGUUUAUUAGUAUUUGUGUAGAAAAUUUAUAUUAUACCUGUAGAUAUGCAUGCAUAUAUGUCGCAAUAAAGUAAUAUAUUAUUAAGUA